CAUUAAACCUGAAAGAAGAAGCUCUUUGAGAGCUGUCCGUGUUGUGUUUGUGAUCUUCAUCAUUUAUGUGAUUUAAUGUUUGUUAUCUCCCUAAGUGGGAAUCUGUCCAUGCUGGAUAUUGAUGAUUUCAUCACAGAAAUCUCUCAGCUGAAGAAAGAGGUGGCGUUACUGGAGACAAAGCUGAGGUUAAGAGGAGAUGAAGGACAGAAGAGGGAGAAGUUGCGUCUUCAAACAAGCUGAUUCACCUUUUCAUCUAUGAUGACAUCAAUAUAGGGAGAAGCCCUGCCCACAACUGGUGACGAUCUGCUCUAUUAUCACAGACACAGCCCUGAGUGACAAGCACAGAGUCCAUCAAUUGUGUAUCUUCGGUGUAGCAGCUGGAAUCUUACAAUGUCUGCACCAAUGAGGAAUUACAAAUGCUGGGUUUUGGGAUGUACCAAUGAACAUCAGAGUCUCUAUAGACUCCCACAAUCUGAGUCACUGAGGACAUCGUGGUUAGAUUUCAUUUUUUAUGGCAAUGUGCCAAAGAAAGUACCUAGAAUCUUACACGUUUGCGCCAAUCAUUUUACACCAGACUGCUUCAAAAACAAGGCCCAAGUUAACGCUGGAUUAUCAACAAGCUUGAUUCUGAAUAAUGAGUCAAUACCAACGCUUCGUUCGCAAACCGUAAAAUCAGAACAAGAUGUAUCUGGUGUCUCUGUCUGUGGCUUCACUGAUCAAACAUCUACAGAGCUUCUGGUUUCUGUCUGUAAGGAAGAAGAGAAGACAUCAGUAAAUCUGCUGGACUGUGGGAUGGAGCUGAAACCAGAAAUCACAGAAGAAGAAGAAGAAGAACAGACAGAUGAAGGGGAUCUGAUUUAUUCAGACCUGAAUGUGAAGUUGGAAAGUUUUCAAUCAAAUAACAUGGAGGAGAAACCUGAUCAUUUUAUUCCUGGAGAAGAAUCUCUGAGCUGCUUGAAGACUGAGAUUUUGUCAUUUGAAGAUUUUUGUACGUGCUUUCAAUGUGGAAAAAUAUUCAAUAGUCAGUUUGACCUUGAUGCACACAUGCAAAUUCACACUGAAGAAAGACCUUACAGUUGUGACCAGUGUGGAAAGACCUUCACUCAAAAGGCAAACUUAAAUAUGCACAAGAAAGUUCACACUGGAGAAAAGCCUUACAGAUGUGACCAGUGUGAACAGAUCUUCCCUUAUAAGUCCCAAUUUAUUGCGCACAAGAGAAUUCACACUGGAGAAAAGCCUUAUAUUUGUGAGGUUUGUGAACUGAACUUUGCUCGUAAGUUCAGCCUUGAUGUGCACCGGAGAACUCACACAGGAGAAAAGCCUUACGGAUGUGACCUGUGUGGACAAAGUUUCAAUUAUAAGUCCUACCUUACUGUGCACAAGAGAAUUCACACUGGAGAAAAGCCUUAUGGUUGUGACAAGUGUGAACGGACUUUCACUUAUAAAUCCCACCUUACUGUGCACAGGAAAAUUCACAAUAGAGAAAAGCCUUACGGUUGUGACCUGUGUGGACAGACCUUUGGCUUUAAGUCUCACCUUACUGAGCACAGGAUAAUUCACACUAGAGAAAUGCCUUAUAGUUGUGACCAGUGUGGAAAAAUAUUCAAUAGUCAGUCCGACCUUAAAGCGCACAUGCAAAUUCACACUAAAGAAAGACCUUACAGUUGUGACCAGUGUGGAAAGACGUUCACUCAAAAGUCAAACUUAAAUAUGCACAAGAAAAGUCACACUGGAGAAAGACCUUACAGUUGUGACCAGUGUGGAAAGACCUUCACUCAAAAGGGAAACUUAAAUAUGCAUAAGAAAAUUCACACUGGAGAAAGGCCUUACAGAUGUGACCAGUGUCAACAGACCUUCUAUUAUAAGCACAAAUUAUUUGCGCACAAGAGAAUUCACACUGGAGAAAAGCCUUACAGUUGUGACCAGUGUGAAAAGAGCUUCGCUUCUAAGUUUAGCCUUGAUGUGCACAAGAGAACUCACACAGGAGAAAAGCCUUACGGUUGUGACCUGUGUGGACAAUCUUUUAAUUAUAAGUUCUACCUUGCUGUGCACAAGAGAAUUCACACUGGAGAAAAGCCUUUCACAUGCGAUAAAUGUGGAAAGAGCUUCACUUUUAGUUGCCACCUUUCUGUGCACAAGAAAGUUCACAAUAGAGAAAAGCUUUACAGCUGUGACCAGUGUGGACAGACGUUCGGCUUUAAGUCUCACCUUACUGAGCACAGGAUAAGUCACACUAGAGAAAAGCCUUACAGUUGUGACCAGUGUGGACAGAGCUUCAUUCGUAGGUUUAGGCUUGAUAUGCACAAAGAAAUUCACAUUGGAGAAAAGCACUACAGUUGUGACCAGUGUGGAGAGACCUUCAUUCGUAGGUUUAGGCUUGAUGCGCACAAAAGAAUUCACGCUGAAGAAAAGCCUUAGAGUGUGAAAAUAGCUUAAUUUUAAAAGUCCAGCCUUAAAGGAAUAGUCUAUCCUUUUUCCAUAUUAAACUAUGUUAUUACCUUAAAGGAAUAUUCAAUUUUCUUAAAAGAAAAAAACAUAUAAUUUACUCACCACAAUGUCAUCCAAAAUGUUGAUGUCUUUC